AUGGAUCAGCUUUGGGGAGUCAGAAGCUACCUUGCUGUGGUGGAGAGACUUGCGUAUUCUGUUUAUCCCAAAAGUUACGUCAUUAUAAAUCUGGUAGCCCCACUUAUGAUGAAAGCAAUUGACCUCGUAACUAAAGCCACAGAAGAAGACAAGGCAAAGAACUAUGAAGAGGCAUUGAGGCUGUAUCAGCAUGCAGUGGAAUACUUCCUGCAUGCCAUUAAAUAUGAGGCUCAUGGAGAGAAGGCAAAGGAGAGUAUUCGAGCGAAGUGUGUUCAGUACCUGGACCGUGCAGAAAAACUGAAGGAAUAUUUAAAAAACAAAGACAAACGCGGCAAGAAGCCAGUGAAAGAAACACAACAAAAUGACAAGGGGAGCGACAGUGAUAGUGAAGAAGAAAAUCCAGAGAAGAAGAAACUGCAGGAGCAGUUGAUGGGUGCUAUUGUGAUGGAGAAGCCCAAUGUGCGAUGGAAUGAUGUAGCUGGUUUGGAGGUAGCAAAGGAAGCCUUGAAGGAAGCUGUGAUUUUACCCAUCAAGUUCCCUCAUCUGUUCACAGGUAAACGAACUCCUUGGCGUGGGAUCUUGCUUUUUGGUCCACCUGGUACAGGAAAGUCCUACCUGGCCAAAGCUGUAGCAACAGAGGCAAAUAACUCCACAUUCUUCUCUGUGUCUUCAUCUGACCUGAUGUCCAAAUGGUUAGGAGAAAGUGAAAAACUUGUGAAAAAUCUGUUUGAGUUGGCUCGUCAGCACAAACCCUCCAUCAUAUUUAUUGAUGAAGUUGACUCCCUCUGUGGAUCCAGAAAUGAGAAUGAGAGUGAAGCUGCCAGGCGCAUCAAAACGGAAUUUCUAGUCCAGAUGCAAGGUGUUGGGAAUAGUAGUGAUGGAAUCUUGGUUUUGGGAGCAACAAACAUCCCAUGGGUGCUGGAUUCUGCCAUUAGGAGGAGGUUUGAGAAACGAAUUUACAUCCCAUUGCCAGAGGAACCAGCAAGAGUUCACAUGUUUAAACUACACCUGGGCACAACUCCUCAUUGCCUGACUGAGGCAGACUUCAGGGAACUAGGCAGGAAAACUGAGGGAUAUUCUGGCGCAGACAUCUGUAUAAUUGUCCGUGAUGCGUUAAUGCAACCGGUCCGGAAAGUGCAGUCAGCAACUCAUUUUAAAAAGAUUCGAGGUCCAUCCAGAACAAAUCCAAAUGUCAUAGUGGAUGACCUUUUAACACCAUGCUCCCCUGGAGACCCAGCUGCCAUUGAGAUGACAUGGGUGGAUGUUCCCAGUGAUAAGCUACUGGAGCCUGUGGUUUGCAUGUCUGACAUGCUUCGCUCACUGGCAACCACUCGACCUACUGUCAAUGCCGAGGAUCUUAACAAAGUGAAGAAAUUUACAGAAGACUUUGGGCAGGAAGGCUGAGCCUUCUAUUAAUCUCCUUGCUCUUCCAGUUGAUCCUUAUUUCUGAAAUCACAAGGAAUUGUACAGUCUGAAGCUGAGAGAAACUUAACACACCUCCCAGAUGCUGCCACAUCAUUUGCCUAUUUUAAGAAAAGCUGAUUUUGUUUUGCUGAAGAUUUUGUGCCGUUAUUAGUAACCAGGUUUCGAGCAGAUAUAUCCCAGCAUGAACUUUGCACUCCUUACAGAGCUCAGGAAACAGACAUGUGGCUUGAACUCUUCCCCGAUUCUGUAAAAGUUUCUGAGAUUUCCUUUAUUCACUGAUUGAGAGCCUUAAAUAAAACAUCGAUCUCUUGCUGAUCCCUGUUCACAA